UCCAUCACAUCCCUGAACGUGCGCGGUGUGGCUGACGAGCACUUCUUUAAAACCCCGACACUUCACUGGAGUUGCUUCCCUGCGCGUUUUGAGAGUCGAAGGGAGGGGAGACGCAUUCCCCAAAAUCUCUUCUAACGAUGGAGACCGCUCCUGGUUUAUUUCCCGGCUCACACUUUACUCUUUCCACCUGGCUUAUUUUUUCAUCCUUGUACCUGUUUCCAAAUACAUACGCUGAGAUAACUUGCGCACCAUGCGUGUUGCCAGUGCAACUGAAAAACGCGGGGAAUGUUUAUCUGCCGUCUGAUACUGGGAAAUAUUUGAGACAGGAUCAAAAGAAACCCAAUCUGUCCACAGCCCCUUACCCCAGUACUGGAGUAACCAGUGGACGAGCGGCGGAUGGUAUUCCUGGCUUGGUUGCGAAACUGGAAAAAGACGCGGAGGUGCUAAACUCCGGUGCGCUUAUGGAGAACUUCACCGAGUCCGGUUUGGAUGAAGAAAUGUUUUCGGAUGAAUAUUUGGCAAGUGAUUCCGAAUUCGAACCCGAGGUAAAGGGAAUGGACGCCGCGCUGGGGAGAAUCAAAAGAAGCGUGCCCGAGUUUUUGGAGAGCGCACGGAGCGCCGGUGCCCGCUCGGAAGAGCAAAGAAAGACCUCCGGUGUGCGCCUGGACGGAUCGAGCAAACGCACCGAAGUUCGCUGGAACAAGGAUGAUGAUGGCAAAGUGUCUGAUUCCAGAUCAGACGAACCCAGGGUGGUCAGCAGCACUUUUGCGCUGGCUGGAGACUCCGCGCACAACCACGCAGUCGUGUACUGGUCCGGGAAAAACAGCAGUGUCAUUCUGAUUCUCACCAAACUGUACGACUUUCACCUUGGCAGCGUAACAGAAAGCACUCUAUGGAGAUCAACAGAUUACGGAAGCACCUAUGAGAGAAUGAAUGACAAAGUGGGAGCCAAAACCGUUCUGAGUUACCUCUACGUCUGCCCUACAAACAAAAGAAAGAUUAUGGUGCUGACUGACCCCGAGUUUGAAAGCAGCAUUCUCAUCAGUUCAGAUGAAGGAGCAAGUUACCAGAAAUAUCGCUUGAGCUUUUACGUCUUGAGUCUGCUGUUUCACCCCACGCAAGAGGACUGGGCACUGGCCUACAGUCAUGACCAAAAGCUGUAUAGCUCCUUUGACUUUGGUCGAAAGUGGCAACUUGUUCACGAGCGAGUGACUCCAAACCGUUUCUACUGGUCAGUGACCGGUCUGGACAAGGAGUUAGAUCUAAUACACAUGGAAGCUCAUACACCUGAUAGCAAUUGUCAGUAUGUGACAUGCAGAGCUCACGCCUGCUCCGAGUCCAGUAAGACGUACCCAUUUCCUGGCUAUAUUGAGACCAACUCACUCGUGGUUCAAGAUGAAUACAUGUUUGUGCAGGUGACCACAACAGGCAGGGCGAGUUACUACGUGUCCUAUCAAAGAGAACCUUUUGUUCGCAUUAAAAUUCCUAAGUACUCCCUGCCCAAGGACCUGCAUAUCGUAAGUACGGAUCAGGGUCAGGUCUUCGCCGCCGUCCAGGAGUGGAAUCAAAACGACACGUAUAACCUGUACAUAUCCGACGUGCGGGGAGUUUACUUCACUUUGGCAUUGGAGAACGUCAGGACGAGCCGCAGCCUCGGGGGCAACAGCAUGAUCGACCUUUACCAGGUAGCAGGGAUUGAAGGUAUGCUCAUCGCUAAUAGAAAGGUGGAGAACCAGGUGAAGACGUACAUCACUUACAACAAGGGACGCGACUGGAGGCUUUUACAGGCACCCAACACUGAUCUGACUGGAAAUGAGAUUCAUUGUGUACUGCCCUUUUGUUCGCUGCAUCUACAACUGCAGAUGUCAGAAAACCCGUACCUCUCCGGCUCCAUAUCCACUAAGAGCUCUGCACCAGGAGUCAUAGUGGCGACAGGAAAUAUUGGCUCCGAACUGUCGUAUAAUAAUGUUGCGAUGUACAUUUCAUCAGAUGCUGGCAAUACCUGGAGACAGAUUUUUGAGGAGGAACACAACGUAUGGUUUUUGGACAGAGGUGGGGCUUUGGUUGCAGUGAAGCAGCCCACCAUUCCCACCAGACAUCUUUGGAUCAGUUUCGAUGAAGGUCGCCAGUGGACACGUCACAGUUUCUCAGCCAUGCCGCUCUUUGUGGAUGGGGUUCUGGUGGAGGCAGGUGCAGAAAACCAGAUCAUGACGUUUUUCGGGCAUUUCAGCCAUCGCUCUGAAUGGCAGCUUAUUAAAAUUGACUACAAGCCUGUGUUUACUAGAAGGUGCACGGAGGGCGACUACCAAACUUGGCACCUGCAUAACCAGGGCGAGCCAUGCAUUAUGGGUCAGAAGCAGAUCUACAUGAAACGUCGCCCAGGCAACUACUGUAUGGUGGGAUUGGACAACUCCAGGAUCUUGUCUGCUGAACCCUGUAUCUGCAGAGCGCAUGACUUUGAGUGCGAUUACGGUUUCGAGAAAAGAGGUGAUGGAAACUGCCAACCAGCGUUUUGGUUCAACCCCUCCACUGUGUCUCGAAGCUGCAGCCAAGGUCAAAACUACCUCAACAGCACAGGGUAUCGUAAAGUGGUUGCGAAUAACUGCACGAAAGGCGUGAAGGACUUAUAUACAGCACGAAAGCAGCAGUGUCCCAACCGUCCACCGCGAGGAUUGGUCCUGGCAACCCGUGAUGACAAACUCACAGCCAACUUGGGAAGCAAUGUGACUUUCCUGGUGCGGUUAGAGGAGGGGGACUCCAUGAGGACCAACAUUCAGCUGGACUUCGGAGACGGGACGGCGGUGUCGUACUCGAACCUGAGCUGGACGCAGGAGGGGAUCAGACACGUGUACCGCAGUGCAGGGAUCUUCAGGGUAACGGCGCUGGCGGAUAACAGCCUCGGGUUCGACUCGUCGUCGCUUUACCUCCACGUGACAUGCCCAGUGGAGCACAUACAGCUGUUGGCUCCGUAUGUGGUCAUUAAGAAUAAGGAGGUGAACCUGACAGCAGUGGUCUGGCCCUCUCAUUUCAGAACGCUCACCUAUUUUUGGUGGUUGGGGAACAACACGGAGCCGAUCAUCACAUUGGAGAGCAGUAUUUCCUACACGUUCAACACUGAGGGUAUGACCACAGUGACUGUGCAGGUGUCUUCGGCAGAUUCGAUAUUACAAGACAGCAGAAACAUUGCAGUGCAAGAAUUCUUCAAAUCGCUUCUUUUGUCUUUCUCUCCCAAUCUGGACGAGGCCAACCCCGACGUCCCUGAAUGGAGACAGGACGUGGGUCGGGUAAUUAAGAAGGCCGUUCUUCAAGUCGCGCCGGAUAUUCCAGAAGACCAGCUUCUGGUCGCUGUUUUUCCCGGAAUUCCGACUGCCGCCGAACUCUUCCUGCUUCCUCCCAGGAACCAAUCACAUGGCAGAAAAAGGAGUGAAGAGCAUCUGGAGCAGUUAUCAGAAGUCCUGGUCAAUGCAUUGAAUCAGAUUUCGGUGGAGUUCGAGCUGAAGUCCGGCUCUCGGGUCAUCGUUUAUGUCACACAAUUAACAUUAGCUCCACUGGUUGACUCGAUCCCAAGACAUAGCAGUUCUGCGAUGCUGAUGCUGUUAUCCGUGGUGUUUUUGGGGUUAGCUGUAUUUCUCAUCUACAAAUUUAAGAGAAAAAUCCCCUGGAUUAACAUUUAUGCGGAGGUGAACCAUGAGAAAGAGCAGGAGAUGAUCAGUACGGUGGGCCAAAAUGACACCACGCCCAAAAUCACCCUAAGCGAGUUCUCCAGCCAGAAAGAGCUGAUGGAGAAAGAGCUGGAGGCCCGUGCCAAACGGGCCGUGAUCAACACCUGUGAAAGCACAAGGGAAAUUCCGAACUGCACGAGCGUCUGAAUCAGUCUGGAGGAGAGAGGUUCAAUGUAAUUAUGUGUACAGACGUAUCACAAUUUUAAAAGUUGACAGUUUUCCUUUUGUUUUUUGUAAUUUCAAAACACUCAUUGUUAAUAGUUUUCUAAGGAGCUCAUUUAAACAGAUUUGCAUGAGUGUCUUAUUUGUAAUGAUCUGUGAGGAAAAUGUGAAUACACUUAACCACGUGCCAUUGGUUAUGAUUAAAACAUGCACAGUUAGAGAUUGAGGAUCAUUUUAAAAUUCUGUCCCUUUUAAAUUUUAUGUAUUGGGUGCUAAAUUUGCAUAUUUCCUUUGGGAAUUAUUGAGAAUUACAUUUUGUUUGGUUUUUGCUUUAUGAUUUUUUACUUGUUAGUGUUGAGAAUUUGUGACUUUCUUUGGUCAAAACUCAGUUAUGCCAAGUAUAAGUUUUAGUAUGGUCCAUUUGAAGAGUUCAGAUGCAAAAGCUGAUAAAUGUUCUCACACUGUAAAAAAGAUUUAUUGGUUUCAAUUUAGAAAAGUAAAUGUUCAUGCUGCCUUAAAAAUAUUUAAGUUUUAAAGCAGCACUAACACUUUUUUAAGUUGAAACCAACAAAUCUUUUUUAACAGGGCAAAAAUUAGAUAAUGAUAUAAACCGAAGAAAAUUAUUUGUUGAUUUAACUUAAAAAAGUAGGUUACCUGCUUGCCUCAAAAGUUUUAAUCAAUUCAACAUAAACAGUAUUAGUUGUUAAAUAUUUUUAAGUUGAAUUAACUUAAUUUAAAAAAAAUGAAGGCAACCACAUUGUAAAAAAACGCCUCACAAUUCAACCUACUAAUUUAAGUUUUGGCUUAAAAAAGUUUACAUAACUUAUAAAAACAAGUUGAAAUUGUUAAACUUAUUUUUUUAAAGUUAACUCAUUCCCCGCCAGACAUUUUUUGAAAAGUUGUCCGCCAGCAUUUUUUGUGAUUUUAUAAGUUUCACAAAAUGCCUUCCAGGAAAUUUAUCUUCUAAAAUAUAUAUAAACAUACAAAUAUGUUUUUUCAUAAAUUGGGUAAGUGGAUAAUCGCAUUAUUACAGAUUAAAGCAACACUAUGUAGUUUCCAUGUAAAAAUGACUUACAGCUCCCCCAUGUGGUUGAAAAGUGCAACAGUGCCUGGUAUCAGACACUCUUCUGCAGGCAGGGGGAGGGGCGGGGCUGUGUUUCCUACCCUCCACCGGCACUUUCAGAGUGUGCUUGUAGCAGCUAGGAGGCUGCUCAGGUUGCAGCAACAGUACAGUUUGUCCAGUUAAAAGUUGUUCUGUCACUGAAAUAAUUUUAGAGACAUUAUUUAAAGGUAAAAAAACUACAUAGUGUUGCUUUAACAUAAAACCUCAUCAGGAACAUGUUUUUUAUGCAAAUAAAUGCUUUUAUUUUUUUACAGUGCAGGUAACUUACUUUCUAUACAUUGAGUGUAAAAAAAGCUAAUUAACAAGAAAACGUCAGACGCGGUUUUGCAUCUGAGCUCUUCAUUUGUUUUUACCAAAACUGGUACAUUGUAAAAAAAUGCAGCUAAAGUUAAAACAACUUGGUUUGCAAGUCAAUUCAACCUACUAUUUUAAGGUUGAACCUGUAAUAAGUUGAUAUAACUCAAAAUCAAGUUGAAAUUGUUUAACUUAAGUUAAGUUAAAGCAACAUAAAAAUAUAUGUUGAUUUGACAAAAAUGCUGUAUUUUUACAGUGUACCAAACACAGUGAGGAUUGCAUUUAUUGACUUUAUUUAUUUUUCUAUCAUUUGUCUUAGUUUGUUCAGUAGAUUAUCUCAUUUACUGUAAAGUAUUUAUUCGUUAAAUCUUGAAAUACAGUUAGGGAGCAACAUGUGAUUAUUAAAAGAGCCAGCAGUUUGAAGCCCUUUGAAGAUUUCUCCAAAAACACUGUGAUAAAAUGAUAUUGUGGGGGCAAGAACAUAACUAAUUGUCCUAUCUCGUAUAGACUAUUUUUGGAGCUCAGACUUUGUUCAUAAACUACGAGACAUUCAGAAUUUUUCAUGGAAUGAAAUGCAGCGAUAUCUGUCUGUCAGGGCUGAUAGUUAAAACGGUAACCUUCAAUUUACCGUACCUUCAGAUGUACAUUACUGUAAGCUCCUUCAAAUAUACCCUACAGUGAUGUUUUGUAUAUAAAAUGGCUUACAGAAUAAUUUUGCUUCAGUGAAUGCCUUACAGAUAAGAAUGCCUUUUGUAAUAACAUGUAUUCAUCAUAAUAUCUGGCCAUUUAUAAUUGAAAUGUAAUUUAUAACUGGUAACUGGUUAUGAUUCUUUUUUUUCCUUUAUCUUAACCAGUAAUGUGUCUCAUCUUCUGGGGAAAUGUACAAUAUUCUCAAUAGGUCUCAAAUUUGAAUUUCUGUAUAUAAAGCAGCGAGUGUACUUUCAUUUGCAUAUGCUUAUAUUGUAAAUAUAUUGUGCCUGCUAUACCGUAUGUUUCAAACAGAGGGCGUUACGAAUCAAAUGCUGAUUUGUCGGUGUGCUGUAAAUAAGGCCAAUGCUGUAAAUAGUUUUUUAUUAAUUCAUUGAACAACAAAUUAGUAAAGACGUGCUGCAUAUGCUUCUAUGUUGCCAUAUGAAUUUCUGUCUCGGAUCAGAUCUUAUAGAGAGCAGUGUUUUAGUAUGGUUAGAUUUUACUUUUGUAUUGGAGUCAAUUGCCUCUUUCACACAGAAUAAAAACAAUGACUUACAGGAUGAAGAAGCAGAUGGUGUUAGAUUUCAUUGUGAAUAUAAAUGUAUAGCAGUAGAUAAGAAUAUAAAUAAAACUGGCCAAAAUAACAUCCUACGAAAUUAAUAACCCUUACAGUUAAGUUUCCAGCCUGAUCUCAUCAUAAUUCAUACGGAUUUUAGAAGUUGGCUAAUUUGUAUGAAUUUGUACGAAGUGAAUCGAACAAAAUAUUCUUAGAGAAAAAAUAAAACCUCAAACCCCAACAUCACAGGGGUACAAGCAAAUUACACAAAAAUCUAUGAAUAUUGUCAUACAAAUUAGUCGUAAAUACCUACGAAAAAAACUCAAAAAUUAGGUGUUUGUGCUGCCUAAAUAGUUUGAGUUAAUUCAACUUAAAAAUAUAUUAGUUCACUUUUUUUGAGUUAACGAAUAUUUUAAAGUUAAAUUAACUGAGAUUAAGUUAAGACAGAAACUUAAGCCUUGUUUAUACUCGACACGUCCACAUGGGUGCGUUGGUGCAGACGGCAAAACUGACGUCAACGCGGAUUGGCCGGUUGUGUGCGCGAGACCUCAUUUCGCGGGAUGUGCACGGCAAUUUUUUCUCGUCGCCCCCUGUUUUAAAGAAUACUGCAACAGCGAGUGCGUCAACUAUAAAUUCCUCAUCACUUUGCGUUGCGGAGCAAAGCACCAGUAUAAACAAAGCUUGACCUUUUUAAUCGAAACAACAAACAGUGUUUUUUUACAGUGUAAGAUUGCGUUGGACAUUCAUUACAAACCAUAAUUUCAUGUUCAACCAUGCUUUACAGUAGUUCAGCUUCCUUCAAAGUGUUUCUGCUUAUUUUUCACCAAAUUCUGUCUUGAAAUAAAGCAGAAUAUAGAGUAGCGUUGAAAUAGAAAUUCUGCGCUCGAUAAAUACCAAACAAAUAUGUUGUGUAAAUGUGUGUAACAAAAAGUCAGAUUUAAAUUCAAUUUUACAUGUAGUCUGACAUCCAUUUGGGUCCCAUAUCUUUUUGCACCCUGAGUUUCUUCUUUCAUUCUAUGAUAUUUACCGUGGUAUAAGCUUUGUGUUUGCAGAUGCAUAUUUGGUAAACAGUUUUUGCUGUCUCCAUAAAGGAACUUCAAACAGACUACAGAUGCUACUCUGCUCUGUAUAAUGCUUGGCACCUGUGUAGUCCAAAACAGACAAGAAACAGUGGUUUGCCCUUAAUCCCUGCUGCCUACUCCUAAGAGACUGCACAGCGUGCUGAAGUCAGCAAUGCAAUUACAGUGGCACGGCUUUGAGAUGUGAGAACAGGGAAAUGCGGGUAGUUCAACAUUCUGCCUUGCAUUCUCUUAACACCCACAGGUUCAGCUUAACACACCACUUAAUCUCUCAAAUUUACAAUUGUCGUCUUAUUGCAACUUUGACUAUUAAGUGUACAGUAAUGAAACAGCUAUGCUUGGAAAAACAAAUGAUAUUGGUAGGGAUGGGGCGAUAAAUGCAGAUAUACACUUAUAAUUUCUGUCCGAUACGAUUCUAAAUCACACAGCUGACAUCAUGCACAGCUUUUUUAUGUAGCCUACAACAGUUUUUGUUCGGUAGGAAGUCAUACGGUGUCAUGUCAUACCAGCGCGAAUACAGCUGCAACACCGCUUUUACAAUACGAUGCCUUGUCUUCUUUGUUGGAUAACUCCUCUCCCGGUGGAAUCAUGGGAUAGUGAAUAGUGAAGUGUCCGUCUGUAUGCACACUUUAAAAAAUCUAACCGGAAGUAGUAGGUCAACCGGGUAAUUUUCGCAUCUUGUUUUUGGAAUACUAUGUAUACUUACAUAACACCCGCCUUGCCUACUGCUUUUCGCUUACUAUGUAGUAUAGAAGUAGGCGGUUUCGGACGCAGCAAUACUCUUUAUUAUCCUGAAAAUACCUGAAAAGGUUUGAAAAACAGCAAUAGAAAGCCAUUUUCUGGAGAUGCGUGUGUAAAUGGUUCUUCUUCUGCAGCCCAUAUUGAGUUUAUGCACAAGAGCGCCCUCUGGCUUGCGGAUGUAGCGGCAUUUCAACGUAAUUCAUUGAGAUGCAUAGCAAGCAUUAUUGGUCGAUUUAUCACCCCAUUCCUAAGUUUUGGUAAAGUUUAGUGUUUAGAGUCAGGCUUGUAACUCAAAGGCUGCCGGUUCGAGUCUUACGGCUGGCAGGUUGCAACUGUGGUACUCUUGGGCAAGGCAUCAUAAUGUACACUGUAAAAAAAAAUAGUUGAGAGUAACAUAAAAAUAUAAUUUAAACAAUUUCAACUUGUUUUUCUAAGUUAUGUUAACUUUUAAAAAGUAGGUUGAAUUGACAUUCAUAAUUAAAUAAAGUUGGUUAAACUUCAUGCAGCUUUUUUACAGUUUAAAUGUUUUUAUAAAGCCCAACAUAGAAAGCAUGUAUUAAUAAAUUAUUUUUCUUCAAUAUAAAUGAAAUUUGUUCUAACCUGCUGCUUUAACAUGCCAAAUACCAGCUGUAUAUGAAAUAAAUUAUGUUCUGACUUUAAUUUCAAGUGUGGACUUGAAAAGGUUAUGGUUAGUCUGGGUCUAUGUUGGUGAAUCCCAUCUCUGUAGAAUUCAAUAUCUUGAGUCAUAAAUGAUGUAUAAUAUAACAUUAUAGGCUAAUGUAAACAAUGUUUACAUUGUAUGAUAAAUUGUCAUCUGGGUACUUUAUUUCCUUUAUUUUGUGCUAUAUUUCAUAAUGUAUGUAAUGGUUACACUCCAAAAAGCAGAAUUAAGGUGGCUGACAACAUACUUGCCAUAAUAUUUAUGUAUGAUAGAAACCAGACAUGUUUUGAUGAGCGAAUUGUAAUACUUCUCUCCUGUUGCACACGAUCGACAGAUGCAUGACUCAUGGUUAUUGUUACAUCUUGAUUUCAAUAUUUCUAUGGAAAACUACUGUCAUUUUGGAAUUGUUUCAAAUAAAUGUAUUUUUGUACAUCA